CCGGGAUUCCACGCCACGCUGGCAAAUCGAGGAGGAUUGUGAUCCUGGCGUCGGUCAUAGCCGCCGCCUUCCAGAAGGCCUCGGACGGCAGCACGAUCCACCAAGGCUUACGCAGACGGUGACGUGUGACUGCGCCGUAAGGUUGGGGCUAGGCUAUCGCCUGCGGCCGCUUUCUCCGUGGCCUUCCUCGUGUGCUGCCAUUUUGACCGUAUGUAGCUUUUUUGCUCUGGCACUGGCGAGCCGGCGAGCAACUUCUUCGACACAAAACUCUGAAUCUACAUACGUGACGUGUCAUCUGCUGCCGUUGCACAUUUGCACGUUCAAAUAUGUGGACAGGUGUUUCCCCUGUUUUGCCAGUUUGGUCUAGCAAGACGUGUAGCUGUUGUGUUAAACUCUGUAGAACUAUAUAUGGUUUUGUUAAGAAACCGGGGGAGAAAAUCCCUUUUAUCAAAAAAAAAUUGUGGACAGGUUGUGGUUAAUAACCCGUGAUUAGUCAGUCGUAACUACUCCGUACCAGGGGCGGAGGCAGGACCAGGCCAGCCCUGGCCUUGGCCCCUCUAAGAUUUCGAAUUUCUACUUGGGUCCUUACAUAAUUUUGCGAUUUAACCAUAUGAGUUUCAUAUUUUUAUGUUUUGACCCUUUUCAUAAAUAAUUCUUUCUGUUCUGGCCAUUCUUAUAAUUUGUUCAUGUCUCCGCCGCUGCUCCAUACUAAUUUUCUGCAGCUCGUAGAAUGCGGAACACACGGCGAAACCUGCACAAAAAGGAUUUGGAUUCACCUUCUUCUUGGAGCACAAAUCUGUUUCUCUGCUUAGAAUAUUCAGAUUCAGACUAGGGGGGUUGGUCAGAACGACCGGGAGUCAGGAGUUUAAGUGCGAUCACCAAACAAGUAGCAAAGCCGCCCCGAAAUAGUGCUUCGUAGUUCGUACCCACAACCCACAGAGACGUCGCGAGGAAGGAAACAGAAAUCAGAGGGGUGGGUGCUCCGCUGAUUUCGUCGGCGGCGAUCGAAGCGAUGGAGACGGUGGAGGAGGACGUGGAGGAGUACAGCUGGAGGGAGGUGGUGCUGCCGCGGCUCAUCCCGGUGGUGCAGGACGCGGCGCCGGAGCUCGAGCGCGAGACGGGGGAGCGCCGCCGCGGACGGGACCUCCUCGUCGCCGUCGACUUCGGGCCCAACUCCAAGCACGCCUUCGACUGGGCGCUCGUGCACCUCGCGCGCAUGGCGGACACCGUCCACCUCGUCCACGCCGUCUCCAGCGUGCAUAAUGAUCUGGUAUAUGACAAAAGUCAGGAACUGAUGGAAGAUUUGGCCAUUGAGGCAUUCAAGGUGUCACUGGUUCGUACAAAGGCACGGAUUGUUGAAGGGAAUGCUGGAAAGGCUAUUUGCCUAGAAGCAGAACGACUGAAGCCAGCGGCCGUCAUUCUUGGCACACGUGGUAGAGGCCUUAUUCAGAGUGUGUUGCAGGGAAGUGUCAGUGAGUAUUGCUUCCACAACUGUAAAGCAGCACCAGUUAUCAUUGUCCCAGGCAAAGAAGCUGGCGAACAGUCUGUACUUUAAAGAGGGGAGGAUAUGCUGGAGACAUAGGUCCAUUGGUUUGGUGUUGCACUUUCAACUUAAUGUAAUUUCAUGCGAUAUGAUCUGUGUAUAUUGUUAUGGACCCGUUCGUUGUGAGAAUAUGUUGUAAGUGCUUUGUUUGUAAUCUGAAGUCUGAACCCUUUGUGCAGCUAGGUAGUGAAGAGUUACCCAUUGCUUACGAAUUGAUAGAUUAGCAAGACAAAAAUAGAAUUUCACACAGAUGUACUUCUAUUGUCAUUGCUGACAGAAUAUUGCAUUAGUACAGUUGCUAUGAAUAAUGAAUCUUCA